AUGGCGGCAAUGGUGAAUCUCGCUAAUACCAUGGAAGCUAAUGCUGCUGCGACUCUGCAAGCUGGGCAGAGAUUAGGCCAACCAGCCGGAAACGAAAACGGGAAUGGCGAAGGGAAUGCCAAUGAUAAUGCGGAGGGAAACGACGAUAACACGGGUGGCGUUCUGAUGACCUUGGCGACGUUCCUCAAGGUUCAUCCGCCAACUUUCCAAGGAUCAACUAAUCCUACUGAAGCGGACAACUGGUUCCAGGCUAUAGAGCGUGCUUUACAGGCGCAGCAUGUCCCCAUCAAUCAAUAUGUUGAAUUUGCCGCUUACCAGCUUGCGGGAGAGGGAAGCAAAGGAGAUGGAACUGAUGCAGUUGAAGCAAGGUUCCCUAUCUGGGCGGACUACACCAACAAGUUUGAGGAGCUUUGUAGGUUCUCUCGGGUGUGUCAGGGUGCCCCGGAGACCUACGAGAGUUGGAAGUGCAUCAAGUACCAGAGGGGUUUGAAGGAUACCAUUAUGACUGCUGUGGCUCCUAUGAAAAUCCGUGUCUUCUUCGACUUAGUGAACAAAGCAAGGGUGGUUGAGGAGUAUGCCAAGACGGUAGCUUCAUCCAAGGAAACUCACGGAGGGAGUUCCAUUCGAGGACGCCGGAAGUAUUUCCAUCCUAGAGGUCAAAGCUUCAAGAGAGGAGGAUAUGCGCCUCAAGGGCAAGGAGGCUUCAGAAAGAACACCCAUGAUCAGUUUCAGCGUGGCAAAGGGAGAGGAAAUCAAAGUAAGAGUUCUCCGAACUUAGCUUGUGAUCGUUGUGGACGUUUUUAUCCUUAUGACUCUUGCAAGAUUGGUAUAGGUGGGUGCUUCAAGUGUGGGUUGCCUGGCCACAUUGCGAGGGAUUGCACUCGUGGGAGGAACCCGACUGCGGGUCAGAGUCAGCAUCAGGGUCGAGUUUUUGCUUUGAAUGCCAAGGAUGCUUCCAAGACGGAUCCGUUGAUGAGAGGUAUUUGUUUAAUUGGUGAUAAGACCUUAAUUUCAUUGUAUGAUACUGGGACUUCACAUUCGUUUAUUUUAUUUGCUAAAGUUGAGGAACUAGGCUUGAAAGUGUCAGAGUUACCGUUUGAUCUGCAUAUGAUUUUGGGAUUUGAUUGGUUGUCAAAGAACCGAGUUUUAUUGGAUUACUUUGAGCGAUCAAUUCGAUUUAUGCCGGAAGGAGAAAAUGAAGCAGUGGUAGCCGCGGGGUAUUACUUGAACUCUGUAAUGGUGCAUUGUAGUGGGGAAGAGUGUCAGGGUUACAUCUUGUUAACUGCUAACGCUUCGGGCGAUACCCAAAACUUAGAUCAGAUUCCGGUAGUUAGAGAUUUUUCGGAGGUAUUCCCGGAAGAUAUCCCUGAAUUCCCACCUCAAAGGGAGAUUGAAUUUGUGAUUGAAUUGGUGCCAGGAGCCGGACCAGUGUCGAUUGCACCGUAUAGAAUGGCUCCGAUAAAGCUGGUCGAGUUAAAGACUCAGUUGGAGGAGCUUCUGAACAAGAGGUUCAUUUGA